AUGGGUGAAGAGGUUGGGACAGAAGCAGAGUCUGAACAACCAACUAACGAGGAGGAUAAAAGGAAAGAAACACCCACAGUAAGAGUACCUAGCCCCGUGAAAGCUUAUGCGCCUCCAAUUCCCUUCUCUCAGAGGCUACAAAGAAAGAAGUUGGACAAGCAGUUUGCCAAGUUUGUGGAGAUUUUCAAGAAACUACACAUCAAUAUCCCGUUUGCAGAUGCAAUUGCCCAAAUACCCAGCUAUGCUAAAUUCUUGAAGGAGAUCCUGUCUAACAAAAAAAGGCUAGAAGAAAAUGUGACAGUCUGCCUGAACGAGGAGUGCAGCGCCAGUGUUAAUUUGAUGGCCCUUUCUAUUUACAGGUUUCUUAGAUUGGGAGAAGCAAAAUCUACAACAAUCUCAUUGCAACUGGCUAAUAGAUCAAUCAAACGACCGAAUGGGAUUAUUGAAGAUGUGCUAGAAGAAGACAUUGGCGGUAUAAAUCUCUUGGUGGCAACCCUUUACCCCCAGUACCUUCAGUAG